CAAAAAUUUCGGAUCCGUCUUAAGUCCCCGCGACCUCACGAGCUUCCGACGCGGCCCUCUUCCCAGCCUACCGCCCGUCCGGUCCCCGAUCCAAUCUGCUCCGUCCGUCUUCCCGUGCGCGCAAUCAUUACCCUCCAUUGGAUCCCCCCUUAAUUUCUCUGGGCCGUCGCCGCCCACCGUCCGCAUCACACCAUGAAACCACCACCGCGCCUUCCCCCCCAACUCCGCCGCCGCCACCUCUCAUCCGCCGGCGACGCCGCCGCAGAGCUCACCGGCGCGCUCGCCGCGGCGCCCUCGCCCGAUGCGAAGCGAGAGCUCGCCGUUAUGCUCCGCCGCCUCGGCAGCCGCAGCCUCGCCUCCGCCCUCUCGUCCCUCCCGGCGCCGCUCCCCGCCGCCUUCGCCCUACGCCUCGUCCAACAUGUCCUCUCCGACUCCCCUGCAUGUGCCUCCCGUACAGGCGAGGACCUCCUCACCCCUCGCGUCUCGGCGCUCCUCCUCCCCUCGCUCGUCGCCGAUCGCGCCGCGCUCCCCUCCGCGCGCCGCCUCCUGUCGCGCCUCAUCCGCUUCCACCCUCUCCCCAUGGCCGCGGCGGCUGUGGCCGACGUCGCCUGCACUGCCACCUCGGACCUCCUCGUCCACGCCUGCCUCAACUCGCCCGCCCCCGGAUCCCUGUUACGUGCCACCGACGCCUUCCGCGUGCUCUCCACGCGUGGCGCCCCGCCCUCCAUCAAGACCUGCAAUAUUCUUGUCGAAGCCUUGGGCUGUGCUGGCCAACUUGACGCUGCCAGCCUGGUGUUCGACGAAAUGCGGGAUGGCAAGACUGUCGCCCCUGAUGAGUACACGUACACGGCGAUGAUAAAGGCACUCUGCAGGGCUGGAGAGGUUGAUGCCGCUUUUGUGAUGCUUGCGGAGUUGCGGCGAGCUGGGCUGCAGCCAACUGUGGUGACUUACAAUGUGCUAAUGGAUGCACUGUGCAAGAGCGGGAGGGUGGAGGAGGCCUUUCAGUUGAAGGGGAGGAUGGUCGAAGGCAGGGUGAGGCCAAGCGUGGUCACGUUUGGCAUCCUGAUCAAUGGUCUUGCAAGGGGUGACCGGUUUGGGGAGGUUGGAGCAGUGUUACAGGAGAUGGAAGGUUUUGGGAUCACCCCCAAUGAGGUUAUUUACAAUGAGCUAAUUGGUUGGCAUUGUAGGAAAGGGCAUUGCUCGGAGGCGCUUAGGCUGUUUGAUGAAAUGGUCUCAAAGGGGAUGAAGCCUACAGCAGUGACUUUCAACUUGAUUGCAAAAGCUCUAUGCAAGGAAGGGGAGAUGGAGCGUGCUGAGCAGAUAUUGGAUGAGAUGUUGUUGUCUGGGAUGACAGUUCAUUGUGGCUUGUUCAAUACUGUGGUCGCAUGGCUUCUUCAAAGAACUGGAAGAUUGGACUCGGUGCUAAGGCUUAUAAGAGAAAUGGUUGCCAGAUUUAUGAAACCAAAUGAUGCUUUGCUGACAGCUUGUACCCAGGAGCUUUGCAAAAGAGGGAAACACUUAGAAGCGGCUGAAAUUUGGUUCAAAAUGCUGGAAAAAGGUUUAGGUAUCAAUAUUGCAACAUCCAAUGCGUUGAUUCAUGGGCUUUGUGAAGGAAAUAACAUGGAAGAAGCCACUAAGGUUCUAAGGGCCAUGGUGGAAAACGGGGUUGAAUUGGAUUGCAUCACAUAUAACAUAAUGAUUCAAGGUUGCUGCAAAGACAGUAAAAUGGAGGAAGCGAUACAACUUCGUGAUGACAUGAUCAAAAGAGGGUUUAAGCCUGAUCUUUUCACGUUUAAUACUUUCCUAUGCGCUUAUUGCAAUUUGGGUAAAAUGGAAGAGGCCCUUCACCUGUUGGAUCAAAUGAAAAGUGAGGGCCUUAAGCCAGAUAUUGUGACAUAUGGCACCAUAAUAGAUGGUUAUUGUAAAGCAAAAGAUAUUCAGAAGGCAAAGGAAUAUUUGAAUGAAUUGGUGAAAGUUGGGUUAAAACCAAAUGUGGUAAUAUAUAAUGCUCUUAUUGGUGGUCACUGUAGGAAUGGUAAUAUUUCUGAUGCAAUUGGUGUUCUUGGCACUAUGAAAUCUAAUGGCAUACAACCAACUGCUGUAACAUAUGGCAGUCUUAUGCAUUGGAUGUGUCAUUCUGGUCUUGUUGAAAAGGCCAAGGCCAUUUUUGCACAAUGUAUUGUAAAGAACAUUGAGCUUGGAGUAAUUGGCUAUACAAUUAUGAUUCAAGGUUUAUGCAAAAUAGGAAAAAUUGAUGAAGCUCUUAUCUACUUUAGGGAGAUGAGUUCAAGGGAUAUACCACCAAAUAAGUUGACUUAUACCACUCUGAUGUUUGCCUAUUGCAAAUCUGGCAAUAGUGAAGAAGCGUCCAAGCUUUUUGAUGAGAUGGUGAGCUCAGGCAUUGUUCCUGAUAGUGUUUCCUACAAUACAAUAAUUUCAGGGUUUUGUGAGACGGAUUCAUUGGAUAAGGCAAUAGAAAUGCCUGCUGAAAUGCCCUCAAGAGUUUUGAAACAGGAUUAUUGUUCAUACAAUCCAUUGGUUAACGGAAGAACUACACUUUGGUGCCAAAAAGAAGCCACUUCCAGUGCUGAAUGAUGUGUAACCAAGGUUCCAUUGGGCAUGACUGAUUUUUGAGACACGUGUUGUCCAAGCAUGAAAUAGGAGGAACUUGGGAGAAUAUGUGGGCUACCACCUUGCCUUUGGUUGUAUGGCUUGUGCAUCUAUCAAACACGCUACUCAUGGUUGUCAACCUUUUACCGUCGAGGACAGUCCAACAGAUGCAGUAGGUUGUAUAGGUUUAAAAGUGGUAGUAUGCAUGGCCAACCACCAUACUGGAGAGCCAUCCAAGGGCAGCCACAAAAUGCACUUUAGGUUUAUUUGGACAACAUUGGUGGACCAAAACAAUAACAGAGACCAGUGUACAGUUGAUCCAUGAAAGGAUGACAAUUCAAUAAAAAUGCUAGGUGCAGGUGAUCAAAACGUUUUGAGAUUGGUCGAUCUAUAAUAUAUUUAAUUCGUGAACUUGGAGUACAGCAUGGGCCACUUGUUAUGGUAGCAUUAAAGAGGCCAGCUCUUAGCUGAGCUGCAGAAACAUCAGUUCAUGUUUGCUACUGAAACCAAGUGUCCGAUUUCUGGUAUUUGCUUCUGUUGAUAUUUGGGAGCAUCUUAGUUCUGGUGGACUGCAAAUCUUCUUAAAGAUUUCUGUAACUGAAAUACCCUAACGGAUUACUAAAGAUUGCCUGUGAAGAAGCCAUAGCAAAGAGAUAGUUCAGCUGGCAUAAAGCCAUUAGAAUUAUUGUGAUAUUAACUUUCACUGCAGGGACCACGGUUAAGUAGCAACUACUCCUGUCAACAUCUAAUCCUCCAACCUCAACCAAUCUGAGCCUUGGUGUGGGCAGCACUGGUUGGCACUGUAGUACGAUGUGACUAUUCAUGUGCUACUUUAGCAACCGAUUUUUUUGUCUGUUGUCCUGCCAAAUUAGUUUCAGUUGACAGCUAGGGAUAACGAUGGUUUCCUUGUUAGUCGAGUUUACUUCUUUAUAGAGAUUCGAUAUGAAGAUAAGUAGAGAUAGAAUGUGUUUCUUAGAGGUAAAGUCAAACAAUCCCUAUAAAAGGGACAAGAUGUAUCCAGUUAUUCAUUCAUUAUGCAUCAAGAAGAAAUAAUUAAAUCUCUCCAAA